AAGUCAACAACUGACAAAAUAUCUUCUCCAAACUUAAAAAUUGAGAAGCAGCACUUUAACUCUACACCAUUUUAGUGCAUGUAUUAGUUUUAAUAAUGAAUUUUGGUGCAUGCCUUUGGGCUUAUUCAAAAGUGUACAAUAGGAAAGUAUAUUUCCUUUCUUAGAAAGGAGAUGUUUUUCUACUUUGCAACAUGUGAUUACAAAGAUCUUCCUCUGUGGGAAGAUUAACCAUGUAUUGAACUACUGAAAAGUAUAUAUUUUUAGAUAUACAGAAGGAAUCUACAUGGAGCAGCGUUCAGACCUAUAUAGAAAUCAUAGCAUUCUGUAUAGGACCAAAAAGGAAAUAACAUUCAACACUUAAACAGACUUUGUUGGGUAGAAAUACCUUUAGAUCUUGCAUUGACUUCCAAAAAGAAAAUGCCACAGAAGUUUGGUGAAAACUUUUGUUGUUUGAAUUUUCUCUGUCAGUGUAUUUAGCCCAAAUACAACAGCUUUGGGUUAACACAUACGUAAGAAUCAAAAAAAACAAAGCUAACUAAAUAGAUCAUUCUGAUUUGCCAAUCCAGCUUGACUGAAAUAAGUAAACUAAUCACUUGCAACAUAAAAAACUGUCCAAUUCCUCUAAGGUUUUGACUUAAUAACCUUGGCUGAUGUGGGAAGACUCCCACUUUGAUUUCUGACCUGACAGUGAAGAUUCACGCUUCACAUGAUUUCAAACCUGACAGUGUCUGUUUAAGGAGCUAUGGUACAGUUUGCUAAUUCAAUCCCAGAUGCCUGUUGAUUACCUGUGAGAUCUAGAGUCCAAAGUAGCCAGCAGCUGUAUCCCUGAGUGCUCUGUGCCCAUCAGAUCUCUUAAAAUAAGCAGGGUUGGGACAGGUCACAGCGCAGAUGAGUGACCUCAGGUGCUGUGGACAGCCCCAGAUUCAAUAAUCGUAUCUGCUUUCUUGGGAGUCAUCACUGAACUAAUGUCCCACAUGGUGUUACUUACUGUAGUUGCUCUCUCUUGGAGGAGGCCCAAGAUCACACAUCCUAAUCGCUUGUGGUACUCAGAGGGGGGGUGCUAACUCUGAUGCCCUAGCCAAAUUCCAGUUUAGGGAUGUGGGUCUUCUUCUUGCCAUUCUAAUUGGAAAUAUGCAUCGCUUCCCAUUUUCCCUGUUGAUCUCAGUGCAAACUGUACUAAUCUGUUUCUUUGCCCUGGUCCCAAGUCUCUAAGAUGCUGGUGUGUAUUAUACGGGCCAAGUUCAUGCCUUGUCUUAAUGCACAAGAGUUGGGGAAUGAGUGAACUCUAUGUCAAAGUGCCCUGUAGCUGGAGAGUAAACUCUUGUGAUGCUUUGAGGAUGAAAUUGGCCCUCUUUUAGCAUAAGUUGGGGAAUGUGCACUGGCCAGAGGCUUCCAGCCAUGAGGUGUGAGCUGAAACCUAUUUUCCCUCUUUUCUUAUAGCAUGUUGAGAAAAUCUGUUGGGUUUUCAGCAGUCAGGGAAGGCCGGAGUUCUGCAGCUUUAAUCUGGGUAACUGAGGCUGGUUUGAGCAAGACUUUGGUUAAUUAACUGGGUUCUCAGAUGCCACAGACUCCGUGAAAAGUCACCAUUAUUUUCAAUGGUUGUGAUAGAAUUUCCCUCAGUAGCCAUUAUUUUAAGAUUAUAUUGCAGAGUUGCUUUAUUUGAGCUUUUUGUGUAUACACAAUCCCAAACUGGAAGAAAUAAUAAUUAAAAAAAAAAAAGGAAUCCUGCUGUGAAAGGUAUAUAUUACUCUAGAUUUUUCUUACUGUAAAUAUUGUAAGAUUGUAAUACUGUUGAUAUUUUAUUAACCAACAAAUGUUAAUCUAUGUGAAUUCAGACUUAUUUUAAAUGUGCUUCUUAUUUACUGUGUGUGGUCCCUGUUGCUGACAGUAUUAAGUUAUAUUCUGAUGUAAGAUUAACUUUAUUAAAGAAUGUAAACAUUAAUGUUUCCUUAUGGGAAAACAAAUAAAGUAUAAAGAAGACAAUUCUUUUCAUUAAAAUAUACUGUGUAUUUACACUUGCUAGACCCAGCACCACUUACAAAUUUAGUACACUGUUCAGAAUUUUAGUUAACACAGCUGACAUGGUUGUGCUCUGUUUGAAAGAUCAAGAGUAGGUAUUGUUGGAACAUAAACAGUUUGUAUUUGUCUGCUGUGAAUCAUAAUCUUGAAAUUUCUAAUCAAGUUUGUAAAAUUUUUAUAGUAAAACAUUUUAAUGACAAUUUAAAAAUUUAUCUUCUCUAAAGAAUGGUCAAAACAAUAUCCUUUCAGAAAGAGAAUUGUUCUUUAAUAUAUUUCCAAAAUAACUUUGGUUAAAUGGACCAGAUGGAUAUUAGUUAAAAUUUAGGACAAAGUCGUGAUAUUCUUUGAGUUUACAAGUUAAUCCUUAUUGGAGAUGUGCCAAUUAUACAGUAGAAUAUCAUUAAUUUGCACUGUUUGGGGACCCCAUUAAGAAUGCUGAAUUUUGCCAACUAAGAAGUAAGCAAAUGCAAUUUAAAAAGUAAAUUUGAGCAUUCUGUAUUAAAUAUGUGCAGUUAUUAUCACAUGAAGAAGCGCAGUGUGUCAGGCUGUAAUAUAACCAUACUUGCUGUCAUGUUCUCCCAUCUCAGUGCUGGGAACUCACCAUGUGGAAACCAAGCAAAUGUGUUGUGCAUCAACCGGCUUGAGUUUGUUCAAUAUCAAAGCUGAAACUAGCGAGGUCUGCUGUACUGCUUAUUGAAGUAUUGUGAUUCUUUUAGGCAUUGAUUCUUACAAAAUAUAUACUGUAACAGUAUACUUUGUACAGAUUUAAAUUUUAUUUGAAAAAAAUGAAAUAAAGUAGGCAAAAAAAUAAAGAUGUUUAUUUUUCAUGUGACUA